UUUCUUUACUUCGUUUACAAAUUUUCUAUACUGACUCACAAUUUUGAUAAGUGCAAUAUUGCAUCAAUAUGAUAAACUAAGUGCACCAAAUUAAAUAAUUAAACAAAAUAAUGGCGUUUGCUUUGGCUUAAAUAGUAAUUCACAAAAUAGGGUUUUGGAAAACUUAGUUUAGCAUUAUUUAGCCAUUUGUUAGAUUACAAGUGGUACUCAAUUGCAGGUGAAUAAAGUGCAACAAUAUUAAUACAAAACGGCGUCAGAUCGCACAGAGCUUUUGAGUGAACACACGCCACUAAUGGACGGACACGUCGUCGCAAGCAGCAGCACGCGUUUGAACGGUAGUGGUGGCGUGGAACAAAGGAAGCGACAAAAUAGCAGCAACUAUGGAGCUAAUGAUCAACGGGAUGGGGCUGUCUUAGCUGUGCCCCACUUAGAUGUAGUCGUACGUCCGGCAAGACAAAGUAGCAGGCCCAGAGCACCGGCAGAUGCUGGCGCUGCGAGCAACUCGAACGGCGAACACGAUGAGGAAUUAGAUGAAGAGGGCUUGAAAUAUGGCGCACAACAUGUAAUUAAAUUGUUCGUGCCGGUCUCGCUUUGUAUGGUUUUUGUGGUGAUCACAAUAAAUGUCAUAAGCUUCUACUCAGAGACUGAUGUUUAUCUUUUAUAUACACCAUUCCAUGAAUUAUCACACGAUCCUGGCGUUAAAUUGUGGAACGCUUUGGCGAAUUCCUUGAUUCUUAUGACAGUUGUUGUUUUAAUGACAAUUUUAUUAAUUGUUUUGUAUAAGAAACGUUGCUACAAAAUUAUACACGGCUGGUUAAUACUCUCUUCGUUUAUGCUGCUCUUUAUUUUUAGUUUUUUGCAUCUCGAAGAGGUAUUACGCGCUUAUAAUAUACCUUUGGAUUAUCCCACAGCGUUGUUUAUAUUGUGGAAUUUUGGUAUCGCUGGUAUGUUGGCCAUACAUUGGCAAGGUCCUUUACUUUUACAACAGGGUUAUCUCAUAUAUGUGGCGGCUUUAAUGGCAUUGGUAUUCAUUAAAUAUUUGCCGGACUGGACCGCUUGGGCAGUUUUAGCGUCCAUAUCUAUUUGGGAUUUAGUCGCUGUACUUUCACCAAAAGGGCCACUGCGUAUACUCGUAGAAACGGCACAAGAACGCAAUGAACAAAUAUUUCCAGCUUUAAUAUAUUCGUCCACUGUUAUAUAUCCGGUGGCGGGCGUUGCGACUGUCGAUAGCAAUGAGAGGAAUGUUGCAAGCAUUGAGAAUGGCGCACAGGAAACUGAGGAACAUGCUUCAUCCUCCGCUGGCCCGGCACGUCGCACAGGUAAUGCCAAUAAUAUGGCGAAUGACGACGCAGCACAGUCGGCGGCCGAAGGUAUUCCACUAGUCAUAUUUAAAAGCAACGGAAAUGAAGCCGGAUUUACACAAGAAUGGGCAGAAACACAUGCUGAACGUGUGUCGAGUCGGCAAAUUGAAGUACAAGCUAGCAAUGGACAAAACGCUAAUCGUUCAACGGAAUAUCGCACAACAACUACAACAGCAAAUAGACCAACGCCAACAUUCGAAGCACAAGAACGCGGCAUCAAACUGGGUCUCGGUGAUUUCAUUUUUUACUCUGUGCUGGUUGGUAAAGCAUCGAGCUAUGGCGAUUGGAUCACGACUAUUGCUUGUUUUGUGGCAAUAUUGAUUGGUCUCUGCUUAACGCUUUUAUUAUUGGCUAUUUGGCGCAAAGCUCUGCCAGCUCUACCCAUUUCCAUCACAUUCGGUUUGAUAUUUUGCUUUGCUACCAGCGCGGUGGUGAAGCCAUUCAUGGAUAGUUUAUCCGUCAAUCAAGUGUUCAUAUAAAGGCAUUUUGCAUAUAAUAAUCAUAACAAACACUAAUACUACUGUAUUAUAGCAUAGAUAAAACAUAACUUAAAAAACACUAUUUAAUUUAUGAUUGGUAUUUUAAAUUAAAAUUUACUCAAACGAAUUAGGUACACUAAUUUUGUUUAACAAAAAACAAAAAAAAAAAUUUCAAUAAUAAAAAAUCAAUAAAAGUUAAUAAAAAUUUUAAAACGACA